AUGGCACCCACUUACUGCUCCCUCCUUCCACCCCGCAGGCGGCGGGGGGAGGGCCCGCAGCUCCGGCCCCGGCGCCUGCGGCCGGGUACCCCAGGUCCAACAGGCGCUCCUCCAAGCGGAGCCUUGGAGGGCAAGGCCGGCACCAUUACCUCCAACGAGUGGAGCUCUCCUAACUCCCCUGAGGGGAGCAACGUCUCUGGGGGCAGUCAGGCAUUGGACAAGCCCAUCGACAAUGAUGCGGAGGGUGUUUGGAGCCCGGACAUUGAGCAGAGCUUCCAGGAGGCCCUGGCCAUCUACCCACCCUGUGGCCGGCGCAAGAUCAUCCUGUCGGAUGAGGGCAAGAUGUACGGUCGGAAUGAGCUGAUUGCUCGUUACAUCAAGCUCCGGACCGGGAAGACCCGCACCAGGAAGCAGGUCUCCAGCCACAUCCAGGUGCUGGCUCGUCGCAAAGCCCGUGAGAUCCAGGCCAAGCUAAAGGAUCAGGCAGCUAAGGACAAGGCCCUGCAGAGCAUGGCUGCUAUGUCGUCCGCCCAGAUCAUCUCCGCCACAGCCUUCCACAGUAAAAUGGCCCUCGCCCGGGGCCCUGGCUGCCCAGCAGUCUCAGGGUUUUGGCAAGGAGCUUUGCCGGGCCAAGCCGGAACAUCCCACGAUGUGAAACCUUUCUCUCAACAAGCCUACACUGUCCAGCCUUCGCUGCCUCUGCCAGGGUUCGAGUCUCCUUCAGGAGCCGCCCCAUCGCCCUCAGCGCCCCCAGCACCCCCAUGGCAGGGCCGCAGCGUGGCCAGCUCCAAGCUCUGGAUGCUGGAGUUCUCUGCCUUCCUGGAGCAGCAGCAAGACCCUGAUACGUACAACAAGCACCUGUUCGUACACAUUGGCCAGUCAAGCCCAAGCUACAGUGACCCCUACCUUGAAGCCGUGGACAUCCGCCAGAUCUAUGACAAGUUCCCGGAGAAAAAGGGUGGACUCAAGGAGCUCUUUGAACGGGGACCUUCCAAUGCCUUUUUUCUCGUGAAGUUCUGGGCAGACCUCAACACCAACAUGGAGGACGAAGGCAGCUCCUUCUACGGGGUCUCCAGCCAGUACGAGAGUCCCGAGAACAUGAUAAUCACCUGCUCCACCAAGGUCUGCUCAUUCGGCAAGCAGGUGGUGGAGAAAGUGGAGACAGAGUAUGCCCGCUACGAAAACGGCCACUACUCCUACCGCAUCCACCGGUCCCCGCUCUGUGAGUACAUGAUCAACUUCAUCCACAAGCUGAAGCACCUGCCCGAGAAGUACAUGAUGAACAGCGUGCUGGAGAACUUCACCAUCCUGCAGGUGGUCACCAACAGAGACACACAGGAGACUUUGCUGUGCAUUGCAUAUGUCUUCGAGGUGUCAGCCAGCGAACAUGGGGCUCAACACCACAUCUACCGGCUGGUGAAAGAAUAAGAGACUCGGGGAGCAGGGAUGGGGGAAGAGAUGUGUGUGUGUGUGUACAGGGACACGGGGUGGGGACCUGCAGGGACAGCCCCUUGAAGUGCCAAGAAAGCUGACCCUUCCUACCCAGGAACAAAUUGUGCCUCAACCUGCAGUGCCCAACCCCAAAUAAACCCAAGAUGUGUAUUUUCAGAGGACCCCACCUGGCUGUAGGAGCCCUGGGAGGGACUGUGUGAGAAGGGGGCAGUCUGGGAAGCGGGCUGGAAGCAGCCCCAGAGGUGCAUCAUGGGCAGUUCUGAAGCCAUUGCCUCAGUGGACUCAGCCAGGAAUGUCGCCAGACGCUGAAGGUCAUGCUGGAUGGUCCCUCUGCUGCCUGGAGCCCCUGCACUCUGCCGCUGGCCACCCUGGCAGGCCUGAGGAUAGGCACGCGGGCUCCCAUUCUGUGCGUGCUCAAGUGUGCACCGCGGCUCCCUGUGCGUGCUGCGGCUGCACUGCCUGGCACCUCUGCUGCCACUACCGCGGGGCAGCUAACA